UGGCCCAGGGUUAUCGCUCUGCAAGCCCUGAGCUAUCUCUCCUUCUCCCUCCCUCUCUCUCUCUCUUUAUCUAACCCUCUCCCCCACUUACUCAAAAUCAUGGCCGACAGAAACAGCCGGGUCACUGUUAAGAGAAAAGAGAAGAAGUUAGAAAACAAAACAAACGAUGAGAAGGACAAAGGAAAGGAUAAGGGGAAGGAAAACGCUGUGAAGAAGUCUGACAAACCUUUGAAAAAGCCGGAGGAGACCCCCGAGCAGCCCAAGAUGGAUACAGAGAAAGGGAACGGUGAAAGUGGAGGCGCAGCGGGAGCAGGGGCAACAAACAGUGAAGAAAAUGGAGAGUUUCAGCCCAUUGAACUGCCACCGUUUGAGAUUGUAACUGGGGAACAGAUGAGCCCAUUCUACUUCAAGUUCCAGUUCAGGAAUGUGGAGUACUCCUCAGGAAGGAACAAGACCCUGCUGUGUUUCAGGGUGGAUACACCAGGAGGCAGCACAGAGCCUCUGAACGGUUAUAUGGAGGAUGAACAUGCCACAGCUCAUGCCGAAGAGGCCUUCUUUCAACAUGUGCUCCCUAAUGCUUCCCAAGAGUAUGACGUCACAUGGUAUGUUUCAUCCAGUCCCUGUGUGGCUUGUGCAGCCAAGUUGGCCAACAUCCUCCAGCAGCGCAAAAAGGUUCGCCUCUGCAUAUUGUGCUCCCGUCUCUUGGACUGGGAGGAGCCGGAGAUAAUCGAAGGGCUCCGGGUUUUGGCGAGCGCUGGCUGCAAGCUGCGGAUGAUGAAGCCAUCUGACUUUGUACAUGUUUGGGAAACGUAUGUAGAGAAGGAAGAGGAACAGAGCUUUGCACCCUGGGAGGAUUGUCAGGAGAACUACAACUACUAUAAUGACAAACUGGCUGACAUCCUCAAGUAGAUGUGAUUUGGUGCACAUGAUGGACACGAUCUUCCGAUUGACUGAACCACAAAUCGGCCAAUUUGUUAAAUCACAUUAUUAUUAUUAAUUAUUGUUAUUAGCUAGAAUGAAGGCUCAAGGCAUCAUUUUGUAUUUUUUAUUCAGAAAAAUUUACAGGGAGACACAUAAUGCUUGAAUGGCAAAUCUGUGACAUCACCUACUUCAGAUAAAUAUAAUUUAGAAGUAGAAAACAGUAACAUUAUUUGCUGAAACAUUUAAUAUUAGAUAAGCUAAACAUACAUGUACUCACAUCUGGGGCCUUAUGCAUAAAACACACAACUAAUAGUACACACAAAGACAGACAGACUUAUGUGGAUGCAUUCUUUUUCUUGCCAGAUUUAAGAAUUUGCAUGAAUGGUUAACUCUGUUUCAUAAAUUCCAAUCAUAAAGGAACUAUAGGUGCAAAAGCAUGAGCCUGAUAUAUAUUAAACAAACGUUGGCAUGACGAUACUUUUGUCCGCUCGACCACCUGUUGGACAUUCGUAAGUAAAAACAACAGCUAGUAUUACUCGGGAUGCUUACUCACGGCUGUGGCUAUUUACAGUAUAGCAUCCAUACCAUUGAUUCACCACAUGUACCUGUAAAUCAUCAUCACAGUAAUAUCUCAAUUAUUAUUAUUACCGUCAAAGAUUAUUAUUGAUCAUUUUAUAGCGCAAAUUGUGACAAUUAGUGUUUAAUUAUUAUAUGCUUAAUUAUGUAGGGUAAUAGCAAUAACAACUCAUCAAUAGUUUGAAACUAGAUCUUUAAAUGCACCUUUGAUUUAAAUGUUACAGAAAGCUGUGUACACCUCAAAAUGAUAACACUAUUAUGGGAAUUGAAACUAUGUUUGGGAAAAGACGCACACAUGUUUUUUUGUAAGUACACAUCAUUUAUGCAUCUGGCCCCAGGUGUUUUCUGAAGAUUUGAAACACUAACUAAAGGAGUAUUGAUACAUUCUCUUGCGAAUCAACACAUAUAUGUACAGUGCUUCUAACAAUUGAGAAACUAAAGAAGCUAACAAUGUGUAUGAAUGAUUCUUAUCACAUAAAUAAUGUUUCAUAUGGUAAUUGUGCCUUUAACAUUUAAAUCAUGUGAUUUAAAAUAUGUACAAUACUAACAGUGUUCUGCUAUAUACAGCGCAGGACAAAUCUGUACACAUUUAUAUGACAUGUGUGUUGGUCCAGUGUGCAAUUUCUCGUCAAUUGUUUUACUUCCCAUUAAAUUUGGUACAAACAUUUGCA